UAAUAAUUGCAAUGGAAGGUGCACAUAUUGUCGUUGACAAUACCGAUACAGUGCCUGUCCGCACACAGAGCAUUUCUGUUCCCCCAAUUAUUUCGUCCCCUGUUUCCAGCGUAGGCGUGACUUCCAUUUUGACAGCGACGCCUGCAGCAGCCACAACAGCGACAACUGUGGCAGCGACGGCGACAGCGACAGCGACUUCGACAGUGGCAGUGACGGCGACAACUCCUCCGCGAAAUCCGAUUCACAAUCUUCCAAUUGAACUGCAGAAUGAUCAGAAGCGCAGAAGCUCCUCGCGCACCAUCAAACGGAAACGUUUUGAUGAUGAAAUCGUCGAGUACAACAUCACUGUGCCCACGAGUCGUGGAGGAGCAGACCCUAGCCGCAGGGACAGGCCACGCACCAGUUCGCAAAACUAUCCAGCUCUGAUGGGAAUACCCACAUCUCUUAAUAUGCAUGCGGCACCCGCUCCCAUGCUAGAGACCCCUCCUACACCGGGAUUAGUGGAAUGCCUUUUGCCUGGAACUCCAAGUGGCACAGUGGCCUCUGUUUCCCCGGCCACGCCCACUGCUGCACCGCCAGUCACACCAACGCCUCUAGUUGUGCCAGUGACUCCGAAGCCAGUCGUGGAACGUGUUCCAGCCACCGAUAGACGGCCGACUGUUCGGUCCGGGCGGCCGACCAGCAAGAGGUCACAGCGCCGCAAUGGCCGUCCCUUGGCACAGCUAGCCACCAAAGAUUUGGGACGCUGGAAACCCUGCGACGACAUGGCUUUGAUCAUCGGCAUUCAGCAGACGAACGAUUUGCGGUUAAUCCAUCGCGGUGUGAAGUUCUCGUGCAAGUUUACGGCCCAGGAGCUCCAGCAACGUUGGUAUGCGUUGCUUUAUGAACCGGCAGUGUCGCGGAUUGCCGUCUCCGCUAUGCGCAAUUUGCACCCCGAAAUGGUCGAGUCCAUACAGCGAAAGGCCCCGUACAGUACCCAGGAGGAGGAACUGCUGGGCACCAUCAGUAGUACUGAAACACCCAAGCUGGAGCACUUCCAGAAGCUGCUCGACAAGAAUGCGGGUGUUUUCUACUACGCCCGCACCGCCAAAUCGCUACACAACCACUGGCUGCUCUUAAAGCAGUACAGUCUGCUGCCGGACCAGGUGGUACAGCCGCUCCAUGGCUUGGAGCAGACGCUGCUGAGCUUCUCCGACGCAGAAGAACAGGUUUUCGAGAAUGAUGUUAAUGUGCCGCGUGACGAAGCGCUGGAAAUGGAGAGGGCUCUCACGGAUCGCCGCAACAAGCGGGACAUUCGCGUGCUGGAGAACGAGCUGUCACGUUGGGGCGUCCUGGUGGACUCUGUGCUAGGAUCAACGGCUGCCUCUGAGUUCGACAACCAGACUCUGGCCUGUUUGUGCGGCCGUAAGGUGCGCUAUCUGAUGCGCUCCAAGGAGAUUACAUUCGGACGCGAUGCCAAGGACUAUUUGAUUGAUGUGGAUCUGUCGCUGGAGGGUGCUGCGGCAAAAAUCUCUCGUCGCCAGGGCACCAUCAAGCUGCGCAGCAAUGGCGACUUCUUCAUUGCCAACGAGGGCAAGCGGGCCAUUUUUAUCAAUGGUACGCCUCUGCUGACGGGCAUGAAGACGCGACUCGCUCACAACUGCAUCAUGGAGAUGUGCGGACUGCGCCUAACCUUUCUGGUUAACUACGAGCUGAUCAAUGCCAUACGCCAUGAGAGCGCUAAGACAUCGAAUUCCCUAAAUUAGCUCCCCUAUGAGUGUCGCAUUAAAUUCUAAUUCCAUAAGUCUAGUGUUCAGAAUGAAAAAUCAAUAUGUGUAACAUCAUAAACUAAUGUGACGCCCACCUGAGGAGCUAACAGUCGACGAUCGCAACGCCUCCAAUCGAAUGGAAGCCAGAGUUCUUAAGAGGAAAUGGAAAAGAGUUCCAAUCUCCCGGAUUUUCGGCCCACAGUCUACCGCCGCAUCGAAUCUGGCUCAAGACACCUACGCCGUGCCGCCACAACUUCACAACAACGUCAAUGUCAUGGAGUUAAUUUGCGGCUAACUCGUAAGCUGCUAUUAAUUACUGCUCAGACUCUCGAAAGUGGCUGCUAAGACACCAUAACCAUCUAUCCAUAACCAUUCUAUUUGCAUGUCACCAGCGCUGCGUCGCUUACAAAGUGAAUUAAGCAAAUAAAGAUCCGCGUCUGUUGGGAACUUUUGCUCACGCGAUUGUCUAA